AUGGGCACCGCUGGGAAUGUUAUUAAACGUAAAGUGGCUGUGCUAUGGGAACAGAAGAAACUCUUCUCCAUUGAGGAGAUAGAAGUUGCUCCACCAAAGGCGAAAGAAGUCCGUAUUAAAGUGUUGGCAAUGGGAAUCUGUCAAACAGAUGCCCAUGUGAUGAAAGGAGCAAUAAUGUCUAAGUUUUCAGUGAUUGAAGCCCUUGGGGUUGUAGACAGCAUUGGAGAAGGAGUCACUACAAUGAAACUAGGUGACAAAGUCAUCCCCCACUUUCUGCCUCAGUGUAGAGAAUGCAAUGCUUGUCACAACCCAGAUGGCAACCUUUGUAUAGGGACAGACAUCACUGGUCAUGGAGUCCUGGCUGAUGACAGCACCAGAUGUACAUGCAAGGGCAAGCCAGUCUAUUACUUCUUGAGCACCAGUACAUUCACUGAGUACACGGCGGUGGAUGAAACUUCCAUCGCUAAGACUGUUGAUGCAGCUCCUCCUGAGAAGGUCUGUUUAACUGGAUGUGGAUUUUCCACUGGAUACAGGGCCACUAUUAAGAUUGACAAGGUCACCCCUGGCUCAAUAUGUGUGGUCUUUGGCCUGGGAGGGGUUGGCCUUUCGGUCAUCAUGGGCUGUAAGUCAGCUGGUGCAUCCAGGAUCGUUGGGGCUGACCUCAGCAAAGACAAAUUUGAAAAGGCUGUGGCUGUAGGAGCCGCUGAGUGCAUCAACCCCAAGGACUUCACCAAGCCCGUCAGUGAGGUGCUGUCAGAAAUGACAGGUGACACUAUGGGCUACCGUUUUGAAGUUAUUGGGCAUGUUGAAACUAUGGUAAGAUCUUUAGCUGGAUGUUAUAUAAACUAAGUGGUCAGCGUGGCGGUAGGGGCCCCUCCAUCAGCCAAGAGGCUCACUUACCCAGCGCUGCUCUUCACUGGAUGCAUGUGGAAGGGAUGCAUUUUUGAAGGUUGGGAAAGCAAAGAUUAUGUUCCAAAACUAGUGACUGAUUUCCUGGAAAAGAAAUUUGACCUGGACCAAUUGAUAACACAUGAUUUAGCUUUUAAAAAAAAAAUCAAUAAAAGAUUUGAACUGCUCAACUCAGGACAAAGCAUUCAAACUGUCCUGACAUUUUGA